AUGUCGACUAAUGACCAAGAAACAAGAACUGAUGAUGGAACCUCCACCCUGUCCAACAAUGGCAAAAAUCAAAGUCAGGUGGCUGAUAUAGGAGUCAACGCACAACUAACCAGAUCAAGAAGUCAGAUUGAAGAUCCCUCGGAUCCAUAUUUUCUGCACCAUGGUGAUAAUCCUGGAAAUAUCUUGGGGUCCCAGCUGCUGACUGGACAAGACAACUAUGUUGCUUGGAGUCGUGCAAUGGAGUUAGCCAUUUCUUUCAAGAACAAGCUAGGCUUCUUAAAUGGUUCUAUUUCUAAACCUCCUAUCUCUAAUCAUGUUCUUUACAAUGCUUGGAUUCGAAAUAACAACAUUGUGAUUUCUUGGAUCAUUAACUCGGUUUCUACAGAAAUUUUAUCUAGCAUUUUAUAUGAUGAAUCGACCUCUGCUAUUUGGAACGAUCUCAAAGUAAGAUUCCAACAAAAAAAACGGUGCUCAUAUCUACAAUCUCAGAAAAGACUUGAUGAACUUGAAGGAAGAAAGUCAAACCGUGAGCAUGUACUUCACUAG